AUGGCUGAUGCCCGGCGCAGUGGCCGCCAUGUCCACGAAACGAGGCUGCUGAGCUAUGGACACCUGGGCACUGCUGCUUAUGAUGACCGCAAUCACAAAUGGACGUUCCUGCGCCAGCAUCAGACCCAACAAGGCCAUGAUGUGCAAAGAACUCAGGCUAGCUGGACCGGCUCAUCUCAUUUCUUGUUGGUGGACGAAAGAACUUGGAAUUCUACGCCAGACUCCACACAGGCUUUGAGGACUGUGCAGGACGGAAGACCUAGCCGUGGACUGCAGAAUUUCUUCCUGAAGCGAGUCGCAGAUGCAGCUUUCGUUGCUGUCGAGUUUCCUGUUUCACUAAACACCGUUACAUCAUGGCCCAAACAUCGACAUUCGGAAAACGUCGUGGCUUUUGCAUAUGCUCGACGGCCAUCCGACUCCAGCCUCCACAACAAUAUCCCCUAUACCCCUAUAAUCGCCGUUCGAUCCUGCUCAAGCAGCGACAUUCUUCUGCUCUUUGUCAUCGAGGCACGUCAAGUUGCAAUUCCCAAUGAAGAGGGUCUAUCGGAUUUGUACAAAGUGCCUGCAAUCUCGAAUCAACUGUCAGGAACUUGGGCGGACUCGACCGAUGGAAUACUCCAGGUGGCCUCCUCCAGUCAUGCAAAGGGCACGCAGAUCCUUGUUGUCAAGCCGAGUGGCACUACCAUUUUACGCCCGAUGUUGUCAAAGUCGAAAGCGUUAGGGGAGCUUCUCGACCCGUGUCCAGUGGUGACUAUUCCGCGUUCGCGGACAGGCACGCAACCUCAUGCACAUGCCACCUUUAAUCCGCAUGAUCAGAGUCUGGUGGCGCUUGUAGACACCGGUGGGCAAUGGAGCAUCUGGAGGCUCACAGGAAGAAAAUCAAGGUCGGCCCGCAUCCUACAUCGAGUAUCUCUGCAGGCUUCAAACAAUUUAGGCCGUAUCGAGCAACAAUCUCGAUCCUCAAAAGUCUCCACAUACAGGAAUAUGUGGCACCGGGUUUGCUGGUUCACAAACCCCGAGGGAGUAAUGGACAGACUCUUGGUGUGCAACCGACGCUUUGCUGCAACAUUUGAUCGGACAGGAUUAUAUUUGGGCGAGGUCGACAUGCGUCUGGGGCCCUUGUCCGAUCGACAUCUAAUCCUUGAUGUCAAAAACAGCAGCCGUCGGAGCGAUCGCGUGUUUGUCCUGACCACGUCACGCUUCUUGAUAUUCGGUUCGCCUCCAGGCAGUGACGACGACAGAGGUGCAAGCGAAGCGCUCGAAUUGGUGUGUUCCUGGAGUCAUUACCGAGAUCAUACAGAUUUGAGUCUCCGUAUGAGCGUGCUGGAAUUCUCGGAAGAUUCAUGGAUACUUCUCUAUUCAACCAUCGGCCAUUUGGCCAUCCUGUACCGCUUCGGACAAGAGGACGUGCAUUCAACGACCAUCUCCAUGCAAGAUCCUUCAACCUUCCAACUACCGCAGCAGCUCAAAGAACGCAUGACAGAUGUCAGUGAUAUCACGAUGUGUCCAGUAGCAUUCUCAACCCAAUCCCAGCCUGCCGGUACUAUCAGAUUUGGCCUUAUGAAGCUCGUCGCCUGCUUAGAGACGGGAGAAAUCAUUGAAGCUUUGUACAAGCAUGAACUUGGACUGUUUGGCCGAUCGAACCAAGUGCCGGAGACGGUUUCGCAUUUAUCGAUACCCCGAGCACUAGACAACAACCCAAUAAGCGCUAAGUAUGUCACUGACGAGGACCUGGACGACUUUGUUGUGCCAGAUGAUGAAGCAAUCGGAGAUUACGCCCGAGAGACGGACUCUGCACAACCAGCUUCGGAAAAUCCGCAAAGUGGCUCUCCCAGUUCUCGAGAUUGGCAGCGUCUUCUGCAGUACGAACCAUUCAAGGAGAACAACGACGACAGCAUGUCAUUUGGAUCAGCCCUCCGACAGGUCACUGAUCGUCUUCUUAAUGGCCCGAAAGGUGAGAACAAAAAAGUGCCCCUACAUCUGAUGUCAGACCUUGCCGAGAGGUGCCGCAUCACGGAUGUGGAACAUGAUUCUCAGAUUGCAGAUCAAUGGUUCGAUGCUCUAGCCCUUGAGGCCAGCACCUCUGUCGCACCGGUCGCCGGUAACGUGGGAGGAGUCCCUAUGUUUCCGCGUAGAAAUCUGCUUCUCGACCUUUACGAGGGCUCUGUCAGGACAUAUGUGGAAUCACUAUCCGACCAAGUCACAGAUCGAAGUCGGGUCAACCGCGAAAGACUGGUCCGCCAGAUAGUGGGAGAUGUGUUCUUCGGAGCAUUCACGUCCGCCUUCGAGACAGCUGCUGCUCCGCUGUCUGCUUCUCCACGACCAAAUUGGACAUCGACACAGGCCAGCCAAGCCGCAUCUCCGUCCAUAGGUCUGGACUCGGAUGAUCCAGAAUCAUCACAGGCGCCGACUCCUGAGGCCCUUCCAGAAACAGAAGAAGCAGCAUUCACCCGUCUACGGAGAUAUGUCACAUUUCGCGACGAGGAACCUGCUUUACUACUCAAGAAUCCUCAGAAUAGCUCCAACAUCUUGGCCCAUCUUCCCAAUUCCAUCGAAGAGGAUCCUGCGGAUUAUUCGUACCAACAAACAAAUCAAAAGUUGAAACUUGCGCAGGAGGAGAUGGCUGCAGAGUCGUUGGAUCCAAAAGAACGCAAGAAGGCUCUCCGAACUGCCGCUCGCCUACAGCGGAGAUUGGAAAAGACCCAACUCAUGAGUCAAGAAGUCAUGAUGCGACGCAACUUGCUGCCUGGCAUCAGUAGUGGACCAAAGACCUCCGGUCUCUCGACCCGGGAGGUCCAAAGCAGCCAGCCAGCCGUCCCGAGUUCGAGUCAAACGAUUGGCCAAGGCCAAGGAAGAAUACCGGAAUUUAGUAUGACACAGCCAGAGAGAGGAGCUUAUGGAACCAGGCAAGCAGAGAAGAAGAGCAAGAAGGGGCCGAAGAGACGGGCAGGCUUUUAG